AUGAACGAGCACACUAUACCUCCAGAAAUCCUUUCUCUUAUACUUGAAAAUCUGUCACAAUCUGAUCUCUUUACAUGCACGAUAGUCAAUCGUACCUUUAAUGCCGCAUCUACUAGCAUAUUAUGGAAAGCCCCUGAAUUCCGCAACUCGUCUAGUUUACAACGAUUUGCAGCAUGUCUCACGCGCGCAAAAGAAGGGAAAGGAAAGCUAGUACGUACGCUCACUCUAAAGCAACCAGUCAGUUCAUUUGUGAACGAUGACUGGCUAACCGAUGUUAUAAUAUGGACACCACUUCUGGAUACCCUGUCCGUGUCAUAUUGUUUGCACCUUACGGAUAAGAGUCUGGCCAAAUUGGCAAGAUACUGCAAAGAGCUUACGUACUUGGACUUGGAAUGCAGUCGAAUAACCUACAGGACGGUACACCAUCUGAGAUUUUGUCAGAAUCUGCGAUAUCUGAACCUACGAGCCAAUCUGGAUUUAAUACAAUUCGCCUUAUUACCAUUUGCCCAUAGUCGGAUUGAACAACUGAACCUUUCAGAUUGUCCUUGGGUAUCUGCCACUCAUACUGCCCAGGACAUAUGUGCGCUUCAACACCUUGAACGUUUGGAAUUAAUAAACUGCCGUGACAUCGACGACGAAUUUUUACUCAAGAUAUCUAUACCCGACACUGAGAUGGAUUUAUAUAAUCCAAUGCCUGAACUAAAAACAUUUGCACUAUCAAGCAGUCGAUCCAUCACAGAUGAAGGCGUCAUGGCGUUGGUACACGCACAUCCAAAACUUGAAAAUCUUACAUUAUAUCAAAGCAACCUCACCGACCGGUCCAUCAACGAAAUCCGUGUAUGUCUCCCUAACCUGCGGUUUUUAGAUUUGUCAUACUGCGGAAACAUCACUGGCAAGGCCAUUCGACGGCUCAUUGCAGAUAAUGACAAAUUGAUUAUGGUUGGUCUCAAAGGGUGUAUCAAGAUAAGGUCGUUGGAUUUUCCUGAAACUGGAGGCUCCGAGAUUUACGCUGGAGUGGAUCGUCUGGACUAUGAAGACAUGGCCAGCAUCCGACUGGGUGAAUGGGCUCGAAUGAAUCAAGUCCGAGAGCGGGAAAUCAACUGUGUGGAUGUGGCCCAAUAA